AGCAAAGCAGUUAUCUCCAACAGACGACGCAGCGCAAUCAGCUGAUAUCGGUGCCUUCACUCUCCGUCCCGCACAGCCACUCUGAGAUGAAAGUCUUGCAUCGAGGAAUUCGCCGCUGUCACACUCUGGCACUCAAAAAUGGCGCUACGUACGAUGCUCUGAUUGUAGGAGGAGGCCACAAUGGGCUGGUGGCUGCUGGCUACCUGGCCAAAGCUGGCAAGCGAGUGUGUCUGCUGGAGCGGCGCCAUGUGCUAGGAGGCGCCGCUGUCACUGAGGAGAUUGUGCCGGGCUUCAAGUUCUCAAGAGCUUCUUACGUCCUGGGACUCUUGCGGCCAAAAGUUUAUCAGGAUUUGGAAUUAAUGCACCAUGGCCUGAAAAUAUACCCAAGGGACCCCAGCUCCUACACACCCCUAAGGGAGGACCACUGGGGCAAGGGUGGGCGCUCCCUUAUCCUGGGGCCUCAAGAAGACCUGAAUCACCAGCAGAUCUCCCAGUUCUCUGUGAAGGAUGCAGAGGCUUUACCACGGUUGGAGGCACUACUGAACAAGUUUGCAGAGGCCAUUGCACCACUCCUGGACGCUUCACCUCCUGAUAUUAACAAAUUUCACAAUUCAGGACUGAAAGGCAAAGUUAAGGAGUUGUUGUCUGUGAGUCCCCUUGUGAAGACAGCUGCAGCCUUGGGUAAAGACUUCCCUCAGUUCUAUGAGCUAAUGACAGCACCAGCCACCAAGAUCCUGGACCGCUGGCUGGAGUCUGAGCCUCUCAAGGCCACGCUGGCCACGGACAGUGUCAUCGGCUCCAUGAUGAGUCCAAAUGCACCAGGCAGUGGGUAUGUGUUGCUGCACCAUGUAAUGGCUGAGGUGGCUGGGAUCAAAGGUUCGUGGGGCUACCCUGAGGGGGGCAUGGGAGGAGUCACUCAGGCCAUGGCCCGGGCAGCUACCAAGGCUGGGGCUCACCUCUUCACUAACAAGCCAGUGAAGAGUAUCCUGCUGGGGGAUAAGAAGGAGGCUGUUGGGGUGGAGUUAGAGGAUGGCAAUCGUGUUUAUGCCAACACUGUGCUGUCCAACGCCACAGCACACGUCACCUUCCUCAAGCUGGUGCCGGAAGGGUCCCUGCCGCCAGAGUUUGAGGCAUCUGUGAGGGGCAUUGAUUACUCCUCCCCUGUGUGCAAAAUUAAUGUUGCUCUGAAAUCCCUUCCAAACUUCAAGGCAGAUCCCAGCAGCACCAGUGAAGCCGUGAUGCCUCACCACCGCUGCACCAUUCACCUCAACUGUGAGAGGACAGAGCUGCUGGAGGAAGCCUACACCCAGGCUCGCCUUGGCCAGAUUCCUGACUUUCCCAUGAUAGAGAUGACCAUGCCGAGCAGCUGUGACCCAACCCUGGCCCCACCCGGCUGCCAUGUGGCUCUCUUCUUCACUCAGUACAUCCCCUACACACGAGGGGACGGCCGGCCAUGGGAUGAGCAGACCAAGGUUGAGUAUGCCAAGAAGAUCUUCAGUGUGGUGGAUGAGUAUGCGCCAGGCUUCAGCAACAGCAUUGUGGGCUAUGAAGUGUUGCCGCCACCCGACCUGGAGAAAAUAUUUGGCCUCACAGGAGGGAACAUUUUCCAUGGUGCAAUGUCCCUGGACCAGCUAUUUGUGUCCCGGCCAUCUCCUCUGCAGGCGGGACCGACCACCCCCAUCCCCGGCUUGCUGUUGUGUGGCUCCGGGGCACACCCUGGUGGAGGCGUCAUGGGAGCAGCAGGCAGGCUGGCCUCCCUCACUGCUCUUAGGGGGUAGACAAUUCAUUUGUACAUCCUGAUUAUAUCUGGUGCUUUUUUUUUAUUUAUUUAUUUUUCUUUACAGAAGGGCCUCAGCCAAAGAUAACAGAAAAGGUUAAGAAAUUGUCUCCUGAAGGUGGCAAUCUGAUUUUUUCUCACACAGAAAGAUAAUUUAGGAGGUGGCUUUUAUAAUUAAGUUCUACUGGGCAACAAUGUUAUUUGUAUUCAAAGUGAACCAAGCUAUGAACAGUGAUGGCUUUCAUAGCUCCCGUGCAAAUAGCCAGCAUUUGGUGACUCACAAGUAGGCAAUAUUCUAAUACUAUGAUAUGAGUAUCA